AUGGUCAAGGAGGAGCACAAAGCGGCUGUGCUGGGGGAGCCCCACAAUACUGCACCCAUGAUGUCCACUGUGAUCGACAUCCAAAGGGAGACCUCAGUGCCGGACCACGUCGUCUGGUCCCUCUUCAACACACUCUUUCUGAACUGCUGCUGCCUGGGCUUCGCUGCUUUUGCCUACUCCGUGAAGUCUAGGGACCGGAAGAUGGUGGGCGACAUGAUUGGGGCUAAGAGCUAUGCCUCCACCGCCAAGUGCCUGAACAUCUGCGCCCUGGGCUUCAGCCUCCUUGGGAUCAUCGUGAUCAUCAUCAUUCUUGCCAAGGCAAUGACAACCUUCUAAGCCUUUCCUCAGCUGGCAAAGAACCAUCAAGGCCACUAG